UGCAAAUUCAAGAUCAUGAAUGAAUGAAUGAAUGCUCCUUAAUUCUGCUCUUCUCGGUCACUCUCUAGCAUGUGCACGACUUGCAAUCAGCUCAUGAUGGCAACGCUGCCAGCAAGUUAGCAAUUGGAGAAUCUUCGUCUCUCCUUGCAUGCCAGCUGCUACAGGACGAUGGCGGAGUCGUUGGCGUCCUUCUUGCCAGUGUUCAAUCGUGCCAAAGGUCGGCUGAGCCCUUCCUCCCCCAACUAUGAAAUUGCGGUGCUGUUUGACUUCCUGUUCACGCUUAAGCUGACUCCCGAUGGCAGCGCUUUGCAAGCCAGGGUCACAGAUUUCCAUAGCCACAGCUGGACCACAGAGCUGAGCCCCAAACAGUUGUUGGACCUCCGAGACGACAUCGGGGUGGGGGGGACUUGGGAGGACUUUCUUCAGUUUCUGCGCCAAGCCUUUACAUCGGAGCAUGUGGUGGUCCAAUUGGGAGGGCCAGCGUCUGCGAUUGGAGGAGAAGGUGCCACCUCCGCCUGGCUUGUUGGACGCAAGCAAGCGACAGGACUGAAGGUGGACCUUGAACUAUCUCCAGUUGCUGUUGGCCAGCGGGAUGAUCUGAAGAGUGCUGUGGCAAUCAAUUUGCAUUCAGCAUUCCAGGAUCUGCAGGGCAAGUUUCAGCAAGAGCAAUCGCACACCUCUCAGCUGGAGCAGGAGCUUGCUCGAGAGAAGGCUCGUGCUGAACAAAUGCAGGCCCGAAUCCUGGGGGGCCGACAUUCUAGUCGCUCCCGCAGGGGUGAUGCCUCUCCCCUGGAGCCUGUCAGCGCUAGCAUGGCCCCCACAAUGACAGCUACAGCCAGAACUCAGGAACCAUUCCCUGCUACACAGUCCCAGACUCAAGGAUCGCAACCUCUUGGUUCACAGCCCCGCAGUCCCCCGCCUGUUGCUUCUACCUCACCCGCCCCAGCGGCGACAGCUCCUACAGUCAAAAAAGGAGGACGGCCAAUGCCAAAGAGGGCGCGACGCAAACCUUUGGGCACAAAGAUUGGGAGUGCGGAAGACGAUGAGGGCUAAAAGCGCUUUUCGAUUGCUUGAUUCGAGCCGGUACCCCUCCAACGUUCCAGUCAGGCAGGGUUCGCAAGUGCCGUGCGUUUCCUGCCACUUGUCUAAGACAAUGACUUCCAUUUUGCAUAUUAGGCGAAGGAAAGAACUCCUUGAUAAUCCGGUUAAAAGGCUGCAGGACAGCCAUGGACUCAACACUGGGAGUCUAGUUUUUGGGCGACACAGAAUCUGCCCUUGAAUGCUACGCCGCGUGAGAUCAGGGCUCUUGUCUGUGAUCAUUGGUCCAGUACUUUAAAUACAUACACGCUGCCCUUGUCAGCAACUUUCGGUACCAAGAAGCAAUCCCGUUAAACGUAAGCUUCAAGAGGCCAUUAGCAG